UCGCAGUGCUUUACAACGAUCGCAAUGCUCGUCUGCCUGGCCGCCUGGACGCAAGCGGAGCCACCAGUCCAGAACCAGUAUCUGCCACCCAACCAGUCGCCCCAGGCGCCCUCCAACAACUAUCUGCCGCCCACACAGACCUAUCAGUCGCCCGCCAACAACUAUCUGCCUCCUCAGCGCGGCGGCGGCGGCGGCGGCUCGGCACCCAGCAACAGCUACGGCGCACCUCUGCCCCAGAGCCAGUAUGGCGCACCUGCUCUGACCGGCGCCAUCUUCAAGGGACAGAACGGCGGCGGCAACGGCGGCUAUGGCGGCGGCAACGGCAACGGCAACGCCGGCUACGGCCAGCGCGACGAGGAGCAGUACGGCCCAGCGAAAUACGAAUUCAAAUAUGAUGUGCAGGAUUACGAGUCCGGCAACGAUUUCGGCCACAUGGAGUCGCGCGAUGGCGAUUUGGCCGUUGGCCGCUACUACGUCCUGCUGCCCGAUGGCCGCAAGCAGAUCGUCGAGUACGAGGCCGACCAGAAUGGCUACCGUCCAACCAUUCGCUACGAGCAGGUGGGCAACGGCAACGGCAAUGGCAACGGACGCAAUGGCAACGGUGGCUAUGACAGCAAUGCGCAACAGGGCAAAUUCAAUGGUUAUCAGUAAGGAGGCUGAGUGUGCCGUCUAGUGUUUCCAGUUUAGGUCGACCCUCUAACUCUCUAUAGGCUAACUUGUCUAUGAACAUUGUUUUUUAUCUAUAUUAUUAUUAUUAUUAUUAUCGCUAACCGAGCUAAGUAUUAAAUGCAUCACAGUUUGGCAUGCACUGGCUUCGUCGUCAUGCGAGACUCUCUCUCUGUCCACACGCUAUCAUCCACAUGCGCCACUACUAUCACUAUUGCUGUCUCCCUCCCUCUCUUCUGUGGAAUGCCGCCAUAUUGCCAUAGCCAGGCGCAUUCCAAUGUCCAGCCGUUCCACUUGUUCCAGCUAUGCCAGCCUAUGCCUGUUCCAUCGACUUUUGCCGUUUCGUUUUGUUAAGCGCCUUCAUUUUGUGUCGUUUCACAACAGAACAAACACACACACACACACACACAACCAACCGAAACACACACACAUACAUUGUGACCAUCACACGCAUCCAUACAUACAUAUACAUAAGCAUUGUAUUUAGUUUUAAACGAAUUCUGAUGAGAAAUGCAUUGGAUUACACUCUCGAAUGGAAAAAUGUGUACGAAGACAAAUGAGAUUCUUUUGUGUAUAAAUAAUGAUAAAUGAAUAAAGAAAGCAUUUUUGUAUAAA